UUUGAAUUCAGUACCACUCGCAAUGGCUGGGAUCACCAGCACUUGCAGCAGCAGCAGCAGCAGCUUUUGCUUUAAACCUUUCCUAACCAAAACGACACCGUUUUCCACACUCGAAUCCAAGCUCUUCGGGCUCCGCUUUUCAAACCCUAAUUCCGUAAACUCGAACUCAGUCUCUCUCUCCUCGAGUGUUUCCGCGAUCACCGCCCGAUACGGCGGCGGGUCCCGCCCCUCCGGUCCCGGAGGUUCCAGGCGGUUUCAGAAGAGCAACUCCGAUGACGAACAAGCCCUAGACAUCUCCUCCAUUAGGUCAGCUACGGUGAGGUUAAUUGAUGCGAAGCAGAAUAUGGUAGGAGUGGUUUCCACAAAUGAGGCUAUUCAAAUGGCUGAGAGUGCUGAGCUUGAUCUGGUUAUAUUAUCCCCAGAAGCAGAUCCUCCUGUUGUCAAAAUAAUGGAUUACAAUAAAUAUAGAUAUGAACAGCAAAAGAAGAAAAGAGAACAGCAGAAGAAAAGCGCUGCCAAUCGCAUGGAUAUGAAGGAGCUCAAAAUGGGUUACAAUAUUGAUCAACAUGACUAUUCUGUGCGUUUGAAAGCUGCUAGGAAGUUUUUGAACGAUGGCGACAAGGUUAAGAUUAUAGUGAACCUCAAAGGUCGUGAAAAUGAUUUCAGGAAUAUCGCAAUUGAGCUUAUUAGACGUUUUCAGAAUGAUGUUGGGGAGCUUGCAACUGAGGAGGCCAAAAACUUCCGUGACCGGAACAUAUUUAUAAUUUUGGUUCCAAAUAAGGCUCUUCAGCAAAAAGCUCAAGAACCACCAAAGAAAAAAGAUAAGUCAGCUGUAAAUGAAGUCUCAGCUAGUAGUGUCUGAGUGUGCUUGAAAAUUUCAUGUUGGUUUUGAAGAUAGAACAGUUACAGGGUGUCUUCAUUUUUAUUCUUCAGCUAGGUUUGGCAACUUGGAAGUCAUGUAUAGCAUUUAGUGUAACAUAUGCCUGAGAAUAUGUUUACUAGAUUUUUAAUGAUAUUAGAAGCUACCUUUUCGGUUAUAAUAAAUUCAGAGUUUUGGAAGAGAACUAAUUUUUAAUGAUA